CAAAUCUGAUGCAUCCACAAACCGUCUCACUCACAUGCAACGCACGGUUGAUGGUUGUAAUACUAGUACUAGAAUUGACAUUUUCCCGCCCAAAGAGUCGAACCGAUUUCUUUCUGCUAUAAUUAUUUUUUGUUUUUCCUUUCGGUUGUUCCAUUUGUGCAUUUUCCCCAUUUCCUGAUCUCAUCCAGAGUCAUGCUUCGAACUCUCAUUCUCCACAGGAACUCUCACACCUUUUCGUUCCUCCAUAGAAAUUCAUCAGUUCAGAAUUCGAUGAUUCGAUCUACUUCAUCUAAGUGUAGUCAAAUUUCUCAACUUUCUCCAUUGAGUUCAGCCAUGAGCGCAAGCAUUUCAUAGCAGGCAAGUGUGCAUGCGCGGUCUCAUCUCAAUCAACUCUGAUGUGAUGAACUCUAUUACAAUGAAAAUACUACUUAUAAAAGACUACUCAUCAUUUCCAUUGCAGAAAAGCUGAGAGCAUGCACACGCACCCGUGAGUUUCUCUAUUUCCACUUAUGCAUACACUUAUGCACCCGUGAGAUUCCUACACAUUUAUGACUACAUGGUUAUUCAGAAAACUCCAUUGAACACGUAAGAACCACUUCGGCACUUGACCAAUAAGUUCAAUAGUUUUAAUGGUUCAGUUUCACCAUAAACGUUAAUCAGUAAUAUGAUGAAUAAGAAAUACUUAAAUUGAUACAUGUCUGCACCUAUCUUUGUACCUCCAACUGAAUUUUAACUACAUGUUAUUUUUGUGUUUCUUAGAGUUCAGGUGAAAAUCUAGGAAUGAGUUAGUAGUCUACGGCAAUCCUUGAGUUUUUAAAAAAUAAAAACUAUAAGAAUAAAUGAUAGUUUGAAUAUACCUCGAAGUCUUUAACUUUUAAAAAUCUACUUAACUGCACUUAAGCCUUUAGAAUCCGUGAGCUUUUAAAAAUUUGUUACUAAUUCCUUAUACAUUUCCUCUAAUUUCAUACGUAGUACUCCUUCCGUCCCUCAAAACUUUGUCAGGUUUCAUCGUCACGAGGAAUAAUGAGAUAAAAACUGUGUGGUAAAGAUUUGUGCAGAGGAAAGAAAAAUAACAUGAAUCGAUUAAAUGAUUCAAAAAAAUGUGACAAAGUUUUUGAGACUUAAAGAAUACACCCCGCCAUUUUUAUUCAAUGAGAAAAAGGAGGGAAAUAAGCUAUCAAACUAUUAGCUAUUAUGCAAUAAGGCCAUGGACCGGAAGAGUUACAAAUACACCCUCAACUUACUGAAAAAUAAGUAAUCAGAUUCUUUUUUGGUAUCAAUAAUUUCUCACUGGAAAGUUAUCCUUACACGCACUAAUAGGUAAAAAGAAUCUAAUUUGAUGAUAUAUUUACAAAUCUUCCCAUUACGGGCGUGAUUGCAGAAUGCCAGAAUCAGUUCGAGAAUUUAUUUGCAAUGUCUCUUAUUUAAUUGAAAAGGCAAAAGAUUUCUAACUGAAAUCCCACUGUAAAAUCAGAUAGAAGCUUCAUGCUCAAAGCUACCAAGCUUAUUGUUCUAUGCAGCAGGAUAACAUAUCGGAGAUUCAUUUCCAUUGGAGGAUCAAUCCCAGUUGUAACCAGUCCAGCUCCUACUCAAGAAAACAUAACUCGUCUAAUACUUGAUCAAAAGUCUGUUUCUGAAGCUCUCCAAACUUUCAGAUGGGCAUCUGAUAUACCUCAUUUCACUCACUCUCGAUCCACAUUCCGAGCUUUGAUUCACAAGUUAUGUCUUUUCCGGCGUUUCGACAUUGCCCAUCAACUGCUCGACGAAAUGCGCACCUCAGCUUGUAUAACCCCGGAUGAAGGCAUUUUCAUUACUUUUGUCCGCGGUCUUGGCAGGGCUAGAAUGAUGAAGGAGGUGAUCCAAAUCCCAGAAUUGGCAUCCAAGUUUGAUCUGAUUCCUAGUCUAAAGCUCAUGAAUACUAUUCUUGAUGUUUUAGUUAAGGAAGAUAUUGAUAUUGCCAGAGAGUUUUACAGGAAGAAAAUGAUGGGAUGCAAUGGUGUUGUUCAAGGAGAUGAUUACACCUAUGCGAUUCUUAUGAAAGGGCUAUGCGCCACUAACAGGAUCCAAGAUGGAUUCAAGCUUCUGCAAGUGUUGAAGACUUCGGACACGAAACCGAACAUUGUGAUCUACAACACACUGAUGCAUGCCCUUUGCAAGAAUGGGAAGGUUGGGAGAGCAAGGAGUUUGAUGAGGGAAAUAUCUGAACCCAAUAAUGUUACUUUCAAUAUCUUGAUUUCUGCUUACUGUAAAGACGAUAAUUUAGUGAACGCACUGGUGAUGCUGGAGAAAAGCUUCAACAAAGGGUUUGUUCCCGAUGUUAUAACAAUGACUAAGAUAGUUGAAAUUCUAUGUAACAAAGGGCGUCUGUCUGAGGCUGUUGAGGUCCUAGAAAGAGCAGAGGGGAGGGGAGGGGCGAUUGAUGUUUUGGCUUAUAAUACACUGAUCAAAGGCUAUUGCAGGUCAGGGAAGGUCAAAAUAGGGCUUCGCCUUUUGCAUGAGAUGGAGAAGAAAGGGUGCCUACCAAAUGCAGACACAUAUAAUGCAUUGAUAUCUGGUUUAUGUGAGUGUUCUAUGUAUGACAUGGCUCUUGAUAUUUUUAAUGAAAUGAAAAUGGUUGGGUUAAAGUGGAAUGCUGCCACUUAUGAUGCUUUAAUUCAUGGGCUUUGCUUCGGUGGGAGGAUUCAAGAUGGGUUCAAUAUCUUAGCUUUAAUGGAGGAUAACAAAAUGGAGGGUCACAUAAGGCCUUAUAAUGGAAUCAUCUAUGGCCUUUAUAAGGAAAACCGUUUGGAUGAAGCGUUAGGAUUCUUGAGGAAGAUGGAGAAUACUUUUCCACGAGGAGUAGAUAGGAGCCUGAGAAUUCUUAGGUUAUGCAAAGACGGAAGUGUUGAUGAAGCGAAAAACACUUACAUUCAGAUGAUCGAAGAAGGUAGGGUUCCGUGUGCUCUGGUUUAUGCCAAUCUAAUCCAUGUGUUAUGUGUGAAAGAAAGGUUAAGGGAAGCGACUGAGGUAAUGAAUGAGAUGGUCAGACACGGGUAUUUGCCCAUUGCUUCAACUUUCAACGCUCUGAUCAAAGGGCUUUGCAGGAAGGGUAAAACUGGGAAUGCCUUGAAAUUUCUGGAGGACCUUGUGGGUAGAGGUUUCUUUCCUGAUAUAGAAAGCUAUAGUCUGUUUCUUGAAGCCUUUUGCAGCAAAGAGGAGUUCCACAAUGCGUUCAUCUUCUUUCUACAAAUGGUGGAAAAGGGUAUUAUUCCAAACUCUUCUUCAUGGAAUAUGUUACUUCAAUGUUUGCAUGAAGAACACCAUAGUAUGUGCCGCGUGGGUAACCACCAACUCUGUUCCAUUAUAGAGGCUUAAUCAUUUUUAAGCUUUUGCGAAAAGGGAAAACUUAAUGUAUACAUGUAUUAUCUAUAUACAUAAAAGCACCACAUCUUAAAAUUUUCCCACCCAUGCAUCUUUAAUUAGGGCCGUCCGGCCAAAUCACCCGCAACUUCCUCUCCUUUGUAACUUCAUUUGAUAACCAUUAUUUGUUUUGUAUAUAUCCAUCUGGUUGAAGAUGGCAUUUUAGAUGGGUAAUAUAUAGGGGUAUUUUGUUUUUGGAAUAC